UCUGUGUUACACGAUAUGGAUUUCGGCUUGAUACAUUCGAUGAUUUACUUCUUCCAUCAUUAUGAACUCCCUGUCAUCAUACAGCAGGCGCAGCUGCAGCAGAUCCUCAUUCAAUCGCGUAACGAUCAGGCCCAAGCACAGCAGGGCGCUUUCCAACAGCAGCGUGCUCCACGUGCAAACACGGGCCAGCAGCAACAGCAGCAGCAAGGGCCUAAUCGCCGCCCGACCCAGCGUCCCCAGGGAUUGGCGGCAGCCGUUGCCCAAAACUACAACGUCCAGUGGACGAACUUGCUCCGCUUAUGGAGAGGUCAGAACGAUAACAACAACAACAUUGGCGACAUCCUGAACCGCUUGCCGCGCUACAGCCUGCACACGUUGAACGUAAACCACAUUAAUGGGCUGAAUGCGUCGCUGCGCGACAUUGCCCGCAACUCGAUCCAGUAUCUGCGCUCGAACCUGAACGUGGGCAUGGCGAUGCUGGGAGGAAACGCGGCCGUUAAUCUGUACAACAACAAUAACAACAUGUUCGGGCCGCAUCGCAUUAUACGGGCGGCCGUCGGGCUGGGGCACAAUCGCAACCCCACGCUGCAGGACGUUCCGUUGAAUGAUGACGGUACGGACCGAGACCGGGAUCCGCCCAUCGAUCGGCGCAGUAACUAUCAGCGCAACUAUGAGGAAAACAAUUUCAUUUUCCCCGAGGCGGUACUUACCACCCAGCAGCAGCAGCACCAGCAGCAGCAGCAGCAGCAGCAACAACACCAACAGUCGACGGAAUCACAGUCCCACAGUCAGCGGGAUGGUUCGUCCAUUGUUGCGGGCAGCUUCAGCCCAGAUGUGUCGGCGUCUUACCGAACCGCUUCGAUCGACGAUCGACAGCAAAAGACCCCGAUCGACAGCAUGUCACUGGCGCAGGACGCCAGCGAUGCUCAUCGCAUGAUCAACAAGCAGCAGCAGCAACAGCAGCAUCCGUUGGACGUAACACCCGGGACUGCCAUUGAAGUGCCAGUCGUUACCAUCAUGGAACGGGCGACGACCAGCGAAGCCGCUAGUCAACCACCAGCUGACAGUAGUCAAGAUUCCAGCAGCAACAGUAGCAGUAGUAGAAGAGGGGUGACCGAAGCGAUCGCCAAUGUCGAUGCGGACCAAACAACGCUGCGGAGGCGGCAGCAAACCGAUCCAGCGAAACCGAACGAAUCAUCACUAUAAAAUUGGCAGACACUUCUGCACAUCAGCGGCUCAGAAACCGAGAACGACGAGAAGCGCAAGCUCUCGCGUAUGCGUGUGAUGCUGAUGUAUUUCCGUAUUGAUGUUUCACCGAUAGGUUUGAUUUUCUGUUUGAGUCACUAUGUUUUUAUUUAAAUGUUUCUUAAUGCAUUCAGAAAAGGGGUUUAUUUAUAAAACAGUUUAGACCGGGCCAUGGUUAAGCCAUGGGUUGAGAAAAGGGGCAUCAGGAAAGGCUCCCGUGUUUUGUGCUUGUGAUAUGUGAAAGGGACAACUGACACGCUGCAGCUAUUCGUGUGUAUCCGUUACAUUUGCAAAUACCAAUAAAAAGGAAAAUGACUCUAAACACUA